AGGACAUUUAAAAUGCUUUCACAAUUCAUAAUUCCCAAAAUGGCCCACACAAGCCAGUGAGAAGCCAUCCUUGCCCACCUAGAAAACAGAAAUGAUGGUCACCACCUUUAGACUUUCUUAGACGCAAGUCAUGAUUUUGGGAAGAACCUCACAUUCCUCAUCCCCACGCCCAAAUUGAGUGUAUCUUAAGAGAGAGAGAGAGCGAGAGCGAGAGCGAGAGAGAGAGAAGAGUAUGGAGAGAAGGGUUCUUCUAGUGUGCACUGUAGCUGGCUUCUUAGGGUUCGUCUCAGCUGUUCUGGGUUUUGCUGCAGAGGCCAAGAGGAUUAAGGUUUCUCAGGUUGAGUUCUCCUCUCCAUCUGUAUGUACGUAUCCCAGAAGUCCAGCCAUGGCUCUUGGAUUAACUGCGGCAGUGACCCUUAUGAUUGCUCAAGUAAUCAUAAAUGUUGCUUCUGGGUGCAUCUGUUGCAGGAGAAGCCCUCACCCUUCAAAUGCUAACUGGACAUUAGCACUAAUUUGCUUUGUGGUGUCAUGGUUCACAUUUGUUAUUGCGUUUCUCCUGUUGUUGACUGGCGCUGCCCUCAAUGAUGAGCAUGGGGAAGAGAGUAUAUACUUUGGCAACUACUACUGCUAUGUUGUGAAACCUGGAGUUUUUGCAGGAGGUGCCGUCCUGUCUCUUGCAAGCGUUGCACUUGGGAUUCUUUAUUACCUGACCUUAUCUUCAGCGAAAAACGUUGUUGAUCCAUGGAGCAAUCCUGCGAUUCCUCAAGGUGGCAUUGCAAUGGGGCAGCCGCAGUUCCCACCGCAGAAUGCUCAAGCUCAAGAACCGGUUUUUGUGCAUGAAGAUACUUACAUGAGGCGGCAGUUCACUUGAUUGGUAAAAUCUCCCAAUCUGCCAAUUCUGGGUAGCUUAACUAUCAGUGAGAGCAUUGGUCGGUUUUCUGGAGGCAUUUUUCUCCGAUAGCAUUAGCAUACUUUCUUUGUUUUUUUUUUUUCCUCACUUUUCCUUUUAUCUCUAGUGCUUGCAACAAGAAUAUUAUCAGAAUGGUUGUUAGAAGCAUAAAGCAGUUCAUGGGUUGGAUGGUUGGAGGCUGUGUUCCAAUCUGAUGUAAAUAUAUCAAGAAAAUUGCAGCUUGAAAAAGUUUAUAAGCAUGUUUUUUU